AUGGCAUUUGUAUUUCAAGCUGAAAGAGAUAUUAACAAUGCAUCUGGGGCUCUGCCAGCAAAUGUAGGUCCUGGAAGUUAUAUUGAACAUAGAAAAUAUGAACCUAGGCCUCAUGCUGCUCCUUUUAAUACACAAGUUGCAAGAAGUAAGCCAUUAAAGAAAAGCAACUCGCCUGGUCCUGGCAGUUAUAAUGUUGAAUUUGUAACAGAAGGUUAACGAGUUGUUUUGUAAUCUGCAUCAGUCUGA